CUCCUCCUCCUCCUCCUCCUCCUCCUCCUCCUCCUCCUCCUCCUUCUCCGCUCCUCUGCUUUCUCUCCCCUUCUUUCCCGGGGCUUCGGUCUCUGCCCUGCGCGCCUCUCCCCUCCCCUCCCUCCUUUCUCCCUCUGCUUUCUGUACUCGCCUGGCUCAGUCGCUCUCGCACAGACUCACCGACCCCUGGGCCAAUUAUCACCAGUAAGACAUCACCGCGUGCGCGCGUGGGUUUCUUCUCUCAGACCGCAAGAAAGAGGGAGAGAGUGAAAAAGAGAGAGAGAGAAAGAGAGCGGCUGCGCCCUGCUGCUGCCCGCACCGCGGGGAAAAUGGUGUUAUUUACAUGAAUCGUAAUCAAAUAGCCUCUAAAACAGUUUUCUAAGCAGGAGCCUCAGUGGAACUCUGCGCUCCGCUCCUCCCAGUUAACGAAGAGGUCCCGGGAUUCUUGAGCUGUGCCCAGCUGACGAGCUUUUGAAGAUGGCACAAUAACUGUCCAGUGAUGCCUGACCAUGACAGCACAGCCCUCUUAAGCCGGCAAACCAAGAGGAGAAGGGUUGACAUUGGAGUGAAAAGGACGGUAGGGACAGCAUCUGCAUUUUUUGCUAAGGCAAGGGCAACACUUUUCAGUGCCAUGAAUCCCCAAGGUUCAGAGCAGGACGUUGAAUAUUCUGUGGUGCAGCACGCAGAUGGGGAAAAGUCGAACGUACUCCGCAAGCUGCUGAAGAGGGCGAACUCGUACGAAGAUGCCAUGAUGCCUUUUCCAGGAGCAACUAUAAUUUCCCAGCUGUUGAAAAAUAACAUGAACAAAAACGGUGGCACCGAGCCCAGUUUCCAAGCCAGCGGCCUCUCCAGCACGGGCUCCGAAGUACAUCAGGAGGAUAUAUGCAGCAGCUCUUCAAGAGACAGCCCCCCAGAGUGUCUUUCCCCUUUUGGCAGGCCUACUAUGAGCCAGUUUGAUGUGGAUCGCUUAUGUGAUGAGCACCUGAGAGCAAAGCGCGCCCGGGUUGAGAAUAUCAUUCGGGGUAUGAGCCAUUCCCCCAGCGUGGCAUUAAGGGGCAAUGAAAACGAAAGAGAGAUGGCCCCGCAGUCUGCAAGUCCCCGAGAAAGUUACAGAGAAAACAAACGCAAGCAGAAGCUGCCGCAGCAGCAGCAACAGAGUUUCCAGCAGCUGGUCUCAGCUCGGAAGGAGCAGAAGCGAGAGGAGCGCCGACAGCUGAAGCAGCAGCUGGAAGACAUGCAGAAACAGCUGCGCCAGCUGCAGGAGAAGUUCUACCAGGUCUACGACAGCACCACCGACUCUGAAAAUGAUGAAGAUGGCGACCUGUCUGAAGACAGCAUGCGCUCAGAGAUCCUGGACGCCAGGGCCCAGGACUCGGCGGGGCGCUCAGACAGUGAGAUGUGUGAGCUGGACCCAGGGCAGUUCAUCGACAGGGCUCGAGCCCUGAUCAGGGAGCAGGAGAUGGCCGAGAACAAGCCAAAGCAAGAAGGCAGCAACAAAGGAAGGGACCAUGGGCCAAACUCCUUGCAGCCAGAAGGCAAGCAUCUGGCAGAGACCUUGAAACAGGAGCUGAACACGGCCAUGUCACAGGUCGUGGACACAGUGGUCAAAGUCUUCUCUGCCAAACCCCCUCGCCAGGUUCCUCAGGUCUUCCCACCUCUCCAGAUCCCCCAGGCCAGAUUCGCAGUCAAUGGGGAAAACCACAAUUUCCACACGGCCAACCAGCGCCUGCAAUGCUUUGGUGAUGUCAUCAUUCCGAACCCCCUGGACACCUUUGGCAACGUGCAGAUGCCUACUUCCACAGAUCAGACCGAAGCCCUUCCCCUGGUGGUCCGCAAAAACUCCUCCGAGCAGUCUGCCUCUGGCCCCGCCACUGGCGGCCACCACCAGCCCCUGCACCAGUCACCCCUUUCUGCCACCGCAGGUUUCACCACCCCCAGCUUCCGCCAUCCCUUUCCCCUGCCCUUGAUGGCCUACCCAUUUCAGAGUCCGCUAGGUGCUCCCUCCGGCUCCUUCUCGGGAAAAGACAGAGCCUCUCCCGAGUCCUUAGACCUGACUAGGGACACAACGAGUCUGAGGACCAAGAUGUCAUCCCACCAUCUCAGCCACCACCCCUGUUCACCAGCACACCCACCCAGCACCGCAGAAGGACUGUCUUUGUCACUCAUAAAAUCUGAGUGUGGAGAUCUUCAAGAUAUGUCUGACAUCUCACCUUAUUCUGGAAGCGCAAUGCAGGAAGGGCUAUCACCCAAUCACUUGAAAAAGGCCAAGCUCAUGUUCUUUUACACCCGUUACCCCAGCUCCAACAUGCUGAAGACCUACUUCUCGGAUGUAAAGUUCAACAGAUGCAUUACCUCCCAGCUCAUCAAGUGGUUCAGCAAUUUUCGCGAGUUUUACUAUAUUCAGAUGGAGAAGUAUGCACGCCAAGCCAUCAACGAUGGGGUCACCAGCACAGAGGAGCUGUCCAUCACCAGGGACUGCGAGCUGUACAGAGCCCUCAACAUGCACUACAACAAAGCAAAUGACUUUGAGCAGGUUCCAGAGAGAUUCCUGGAAGUCGCGCAGAUCACGUUACGGGAGUUUUUCAAUGCCAUCAUCGCAGGCAAAGAUGUUGACCCUUCGUGGAAGAAGGCGAUAUACAAGGUCAUUUGCAAGCUGGAUAGUGAGGUCCCUGAGAUUUUCAAAUCCCCAAACUGCCUACAGGAACUCCUCCACGAGUAGAGGUCGCAGCGCUCUUUUGAAUGUAUGAAUAGAAGAAGUCCCCCCCUGGGUGCCCAGCUUCUCUGUGUCUAGAUUUUGAUUUCAUAUACAUGUGGGGGGAGGCAUGGGUAUGUUGUGAUACUGACUGGUGGUCCUUGCGUAUCCUCUCUGGGUUCCUUUUAUUUUCCCAUUACAAGGGGAUGGGUAUCUUCCCUCUUUUGCCUUUACUUUACUUUUGCCCGAGGCCCUUAAUAUUUGGAGACGGAAGGUAGGGUUGAUUUUCAGGAAGAGCGAACGUCAGCCUGUGUAAAGUCUACAUGAGCUACACGCUGUGCUCACUCGAGCGCGCAGUGUGAAUGGUGGUCAGCGGUGUGGACCCGUGACUGCAGCACAGCUCACUCACGUACCCCGUGCUGUGUCUCCUGUUUCUAGGGUUAAGAAGCUCUGGGAAAAACAAAACAAAACAAACAAACAAACCAUGGAAAGCACUUCACACAUUGGAAUACCUUGUUUGAGUUGAGCCGGAUAAGUCACUUUUUCUCACGUGUUUAAACCAGUGCUGGCAGUAGCUGGGCAGCUCACGCUGCCAAAGCAUCCUCCAAGGACAGAUUUUCAGAAAGAUCAUCACCAAGCUUUUUGUAAGAGAAAUGGCAUUCACCCCC